AUGGCCAGCGGCAGAGAUUCAGACAGCGAGCAGGCGGUGCCCGAUGAGGAGGAUGAGGGACCAGACGUGAAGGCCGUGCAGGCCCACUAUCUCCGCAGCCCCUCGCCCAGCCGGUAUUCAGUGAUAUCGGACGCUGACACAGAGAGCAUCUUCAUGGAGCCAAUCCAUCUGUCAUCUGCCGUGGCUGCCAAACAAAUAAUCAAGGAAGAACUGAAGACAAAGGAUGCCAAGGUAGAUUCAGUGUGUCCCAGGAUGUUAGAGUCUGCGCAGCAGCUGAUGGUGGAAGACCUGUACAACCGAGUUAAGGAAAAGAUUGAUGACACCAGCUUGUUUAACACGCCGUGUGUGAUGGACUUGCAGAGGGCACUUGUGAAGGACAGACUGGAGACCCCCAGGGAUGCUGUGGAUGAAGUCUGGCCUAAUGUCUUCAUAGCAGAAAAAAGUGUUGCAGUGAACAAAAGCCGUUUGAAGAGACUGGGGAUCACGCAUAUCUUGAAUGCAGCUCAUGGUACAGGCGUAUACACAGGGCCAGGUUUCUACAAUGGUCUGAAUAUCCAAUACCUGGGCAUUGAAGUGGAUGAUUUUCCAGAUAUGGAUAUCUCCAAACACUUCCGACCAGCUGCAGAGUUCCUUGACGAAGCACUGCUGACUUACAGGGGUAAGAGGAGAAGAUUAUAGUGGUUCCAGAAUGCUUGGGAAUUAAUGGGUGGAAGCGUUACUCUCAUAAACUGCUGAUGCGACAUUUGUAAUUGGGUAGAAGGCAGAUACUUUGUUCUCUGCAUCCAGUUAUGGUCAACACUUCUUGCCCAUUUCUGCCAUGCCUCAUUCAAAACAGGAGG